ACUAUGCCCACUGCCUGAUCGAGUGAACUGACUUUUUGAAAAAAACUGUCAGGAAGAUGACCAGGAAGAUCGAUUUUCUACUGUUGAAAACUCCUCGUUUGUUCAUGCGGCUACUUUACUCUGACGGAAACCCACAUCAGGCACCCCGACAUGGCAUGCUUGCCUAGGGUGGGACGUGGAACCCCAUCCGAAUGAGUUGGCUGCAUUGUAGCAUGCCUAAAUUUUAAGCUCUCUGGGCAGAUUGUUGUUCAUGAGCGCCAUGCUCAAACGCCUCUGCCCUUCCGAGACAGGACAAUGACCAUUGUUGUCGCAGGCGAACAUGUUUGCUACUGAGUACUGGUAGUAUCAGGAGAGACUGCCACUUCGUGCGCUACGAAUGACGUCAUGUCUAGCUCAAAUUGAAUGCCGGUCGCCCUUUUUAAUCAGGAAGACACCCUCCGCACCAGCCGAACUCGCGCAUCACUUAUCGCGUGCCACACCAGAAGUCCGGCGCAAUCAUGUCAUUUAAGCCGCUCACUGACGUCCAAGUGACCUACCGCCAGAUCCCUCAGUGGCAGGGUCUUCCGAAUACAUCCAUACAGUCGAAGCCACUCAUGAUCUACCACAAAGCAUUCGACGCGUCGGCUAGCGACCUUGCAGCACAUUUCGAGGAUGUAGGCGAGGUCACGUCGCAGUGGGUCUAUUCUAUGUAUCGCCAAACGCACUUCCACAGCACCACCCACGAGGUUUUAGGAGUGGUUUCCGGCCGUGCACGCCUUUGUUUUGGUGGAGAAGACAAUCCCGAGUGCUUCGAACCAACCGUCGAACGAGGGGACCUGAUCAUAGUACCCGCCGGUGUGGGCCAUCGACUCCUGGACGAGCUGGGCACGGACGAAGGACCUUUCAAGAUGGUCGGUGCCUAUCCGACUCAAAAACAGUGGGAUAUGUGCUACGGCGAACAAUCCGAGGCAGACAGGGUUACGAAGAAUAUUCAGCGAUUGGAUUGGUUCCAUGGAGAUCCCUUAUACGGCAAAGAUGGACCGGUUUUGCACGUGUAGUCUGAACCCAGCGUGAGCACGUGGCUUAGCAGUAUAUGUACAUCUACCAUUGACGAGUAAAUCGGCCGUAAUGCAUAUAUUAUCGGUAUCAAAGCCAGGGCCUUCGCACAGCAUGCCACAUAUAAACGCCUCGCCUAACCCAAUUGACAGAUGACCAAACCAGGGGAAACAACACCAACAGG